AGCAAUAAUGAAAUAAGUUUGCGGCUUCGCAGCAAAACACAAAAUAAACCUAUUCAAGUGUGAAAUCAAAUUAAUAUAUUGUUAAAAAUGAACUUUUUAACGAAAUCCAGAGCUCUAUUAUCAAAAGGAUUGAAACAAAGUUUUUGCCGGAGUGCUAGUACAACACCUGAAAUAAGAAUCUAUGAAGUAGGUCCCAGAGAUGGCCUCCAGAACGAAGCUAAAUUUGUGCCCACUAAUAUGAAGCUGGAUCUUAUAAAUAAACUUGUUGACGCUGGGCUCAAGGAUAUAGAAUCGGCUAGUUUUGUAAGCCCAAAGCUAAAGCAGAUGAGUGAUGCAGUAGAAGUAAUGAAGAACCUGAACAGAGUUCCUGGAGUUAACUAUCCUGUACUCAUACCAAACCUUAAAGGAUAUAAUACUGCUAAACAAUAUAACAUAGAAGAAAUAGCGGUAUUCCCAGCAGCCACUGAAGGUUUCUCUAAGGCAAACCUCAACUGCACUGUGGAGGAGAGUUUUCAGAGGGUAAAACAAGUAGCUGAUCAAGCUGUGAAAGACGGCAUGAGAUUGAGAGGGUACAUAUCCUGUGUGGUGGGCUGCCCUUAUGAUGGGCCAGUGAACCCAAACGUCGUUGCCAAUAUGACAGAACGCCUUCUAUCACUUGGGUGCUACGAGGUCUCCUUGGGGGACACCAUCGGCGUGGGCACGGCGGGUUCCGUGAGGCGCUUGAUGCGCGAAGUUCUCAGCGUAACCACUCCUGACAAGAUCGCCUUGCACUUCCACGAUACUUAUGGCCAGGGCUUGGCCAAUUUGGUCGCUGGAUUAGAGUUUGGAAUCAAGACUGUGGACUCGUCCAUAUCUGGGCUUGGUGGCUGUCCCUACGCCCGCGGAGCCACAGGCAACCUAGCUACAGAAGAUCUAGUCUACUUUCUCUACGGUUUAGGAGUUAAUACAAAUGUCGACCUAGUCAAGUUGGUCGAAGCUGGACGUUACAUCUCGAACUACCUCGGCAAACCUACCGAAUCUCGUGUAAACCGCGUCAUAAGCGACAAAUUUAAAGAUCACAGAGACAUCGUUAGAAUAGCACAGUGCAAAGUUUAGUACCUACAGAACUUUCUUGAACUUGUAAACAAAGCGAUAAAAUAUCGUUGACUUGUAUAUAUAUGUGUAUUUACUUCUAAACAAUGUAAGAUAAUUAGAAUAAACAGGGUUUCACAAGCACAUUUUGUUUAUUAUU